AUGCUUGUCUCCGAUACAGGGGAUCCGGUAUCCCAAUUUCAGGGUCGGCCCGUUUACUACAGCCUGACUUCCGUUGCUCCAGGUCCAGUUCCGGUUCCAAUGCCAGUUCCAGCUCAGUAUGGUCCCGAGUACUUCGGUCCGCCGUCCAUUGGUCCUAACCCUGUUGCCUGUGGCCCUUACGGACAGCCGCUAACUUACCCUGUCAUGUUUGAGCCUGCUUCACUGGGACCUCCUUCAUAUGGCCCACCGAUGAUAGUUCCUAUGGUUCCUAGCUCUCAAUUUUUUGCCCCGACUCCUUUGAACUUUGCUUACACUAACUCGAAUUACCCCAUGGGAGCCUCCUACUCCAGCGAACCUGUUGAGGUUCCGGAGAAAGAUUCCCGUAGCUGGCUUGUUGCUUAUCGCAAAUUCAUGACCUGGACUCACACCGUGUACUAUUCAUCAAAGUCACCUGAGGCAUUUGUGAAUGCCUGGAAACGAGCCCUUGUAGAGAUGAAAGCGGCCUUUGGACCCCCAGCUCUUCCCACGGUUUUCAUCCUCAAUCAGUUCCUUGCUGCGGUCAGUGUGCAUCCCAGCACCAUUCCAUGGAUUGAGUCACUCCGGUUCAAACAAGGUUCUCUACCGGCGUCCAUUCUAGACGAAGCUUACGCCGAUUUCCUGGAGUUUGAGGCCGAUCGGCUAGGAACCGAACACUCAGUCUUGAGUGACAUAGAUAGUAUCUCCACUGACAUGGAUCAACUGGAAAUUUCCCCCAAGGAAUACUGUCCCUAUCACCGGCGUCUCACAAAGCAUCCGGUUGGCCAGUGUUAUCGAAAUCCACAAAACACGAGGCGUAAGAGGAAGUGGAGACGACGACAGACGCUAAUUGCAGCAAUGGUCGAGGCUGAGAAAAAGAGGCAGCUGUAA